UGUGCGUUGCAGUGGAUCAUGGCCAACAUAGUCAAGUACCCACAAGUUCAAAACAAGCUCUUUGCAGAGAUCAAAGGGGUUGUGGCAGAAACAGAGGAGGAGGUGGAGGAGGAGGUGCUGCACAAGUUGCCAUAUCUGAAAGCUGUGAUCUUGGAGGGACUGAGGCGCCAUCCGCCGGGGCACUUUCUGCUGCCGCACGCUGUAACCCAGGACGUGGUUUUGGGCGGGCGUUUGGUGCCCAAGAAUGGCAUUGUGAAUUUCAUGGUGGCUGAUUUGGGGUGGGACCCAGAGGUGUGGGAGGACCCCAUGGCAUUCAAGCCGGAGAGGUUCUUGAGUGGUGGUGGUAAAUGUGGAGGAGUAGAAGAAGCGUUCGAUUUAACAGGGAGCAGAGAGAUUAAGAUGAUGCCGUUUGGGGUGGGGAGGAGAAUUUGCCCUGCCUCUGGUUUGGCAAUGCUUCAUCUCCAGUAUUUCGUGGCGAAUUUGGUUUGGAAAUUUGAGUGGAGAGCCGUGGAUGGAGAUGACGUUGACCUUUCAGAGAAGCCAUUGGUCACUGUGGUCAUGAAGAAUCCAUUGCAGGCCCACUUGUCCUCAAGAGUGAAGUGA